AUGGCCACGCUGAACCAGGUCAUGCGCGGCAUGCGCAAGCGCGUCACCAGCAUGAGCAAGGCGCCUGCUCUCGACAAGUCCCCGCAGCGCAAGGGCGUGUGCGUGAAGGUCUACACAACAAAGCCCAAGAAGCCCAAUUCGGCCGUGCGCAAGGUCGCCCGUGUGCGUCUGACCAACGGCAAGACCAUCAUCGCGUAUAUCCCCGGCGAGGGCCACAACCUGCAGGAGCACAGCGUCGUGCUUGUGCGCGGCGGGCGAGUCCCGGAUCUGCCUGGUGUGCUGUACCAUAUUGUGCGCGGUGCGCUUGAUCUGCAGGGUUACGGUGCGUCCAAGCCCAAGAAAUAA